AUGAACUGCGCCCUCACCUUGUCAGAUGGUGGUUUUGUCCUCGCUGCCAAAUCGGCGCAUCCCAUGGCGGACAUCACGGGCCUUGUCCGCUUCGUCAAGGACUGGGCGAGUGUGAGUAGUGCGGUCAUCAAGGGCCUGACCGCCCCAGUCCUGACUCCCGUCUUUGAGCCGGCGCGUUUGGACAACCUUGCUGCCGGAGACAUCGACGCCGAGGAGGCGGACCCGGCCAUUGUGAGACGAACCGAACGUUUGCCCUUGCACAGGUAUGACUGGUGGGCCGCGCCGGGAAAGCCUCCCGGGCCAUUCCUCGAUGCGGCCAAUCUGCCAUCCCCAGCAGGCAAGCCUAUGCCAUGGGCUGAAUGGGAUCUCCAGGCGCCUGUUUCCGACUAUACCAUUCAUCUCAACACAGCGCAGGUCGAUUUCCUCUUGACCGAAGCCACAAAGGGUACGGACGGUCAUGGCCCGAGCAUCAGCAAGCAUGAUGCCGUGUUGGCACACAUUUGGUCCUGUAUUGUGCGUGCACGUCAACUCGGCAACGAUGACGGCCCUGUCUAUUGCGAUCUUGUGCUUGGCCUUCGAUCCGCUCUCAAGCUGGGUGAAGACUUUCUGGGUUCUCCGAUCAUCAUGAUGAAGGUUGAGCUGCCGGGCUCUGAGGUUGGCUACGAACAAUCAAGUAAGGCUACCGCAGCCAUGGUUCCCAUCGCCCAAAAGAUUCGGCAUACAAUCUCCACUGUCAGCGACCCAGCCAAUCUCGCAGAUCAUCUUCAUAGCGCUGCGUAUGAGAAGUCUCCUCAGCGUAUCUGGCAGGCAUUCCUUGGCCGCCGUCAUAUCCUGGUGACCACCUGGGCGCGCGCCGGCAUCUACGAGGUCGACUUCGGUCUUGGCUCGCGCAUACGAUACGCGGACGGCAUCGUGCCGAACUUGGACGGCGACAUUCUCAUCAAAGAAGCACCCCCAUCUUCUGGAGAGCACUUGUCUGGAUCUCGGCCGUCUUGGACCGACAGCGGGGUGGAUAUCUCUGUCCAUAUUUGCACGGAGGAUAUGGAGCGAUUGCUCAAGGAUCCUUUGUUACUGCCGCGCCUUGAUUAG